UUACUGGCCCGCGAUGGGGCCACUUUGUGCGAUGUCACCACUGCUGCUCCUGCUGCUCCUGGAGCUGCUGCAUGAGGCUGGGCAGGGCCCCCCCGUGCCCUCCACCCCCCGGCUCUGGGCUCAGCCGUGGGGGUCUCUGUCCCCUCUGGGCUGGCAGGUUCCAUCCCAGAUCACGAUCCCACAGCGGCUCCCGGCAAACGUGACCGGAGUGACGCGGCUGCAGCAGGACACAGUGUCCUACGUCCUGAGGAUCGAGGGGAGGCCCUACACCAUCCACCUGCAGCAGCAUGCCUUUUUAUCUGACGAUUUCCAGAUUUACGUGUCGGACGAGGAGGGCUCUUUGCCCCCUGAUUCAGCCCAGAUGGAGGGAGGCUGCCACUACUGGGGGUACAUCGAUGGCUUCCCCAGCUCGGCAGUGACCCUCAGCACCUGCUCGGGGCUCAGGGGCUUGCUGCAGUUUGAGAACGUCAGCUACGGGAUCGAGCCCCUGGACGAUUCCCCCGAGUUUGAGCACCUCGUGUAUCGAGUGGGCGAGGAGGACACGGCAGGUUCCCUCCUGCCCCACAGCCCCCCUGGGAGAGAGCUGGGCGGGCUGGUGGCAGAGGAGACCUCAGCCAAGGCCCACAGGGGUGACAAGCCUGAUCCCACAGGAAGCUUUGACCAGACACUUGGCCACAAGCUUUGA